AUGUCCGGAGCCGAGGCCGCGAUCGCAGGCAUAGGAUUUCUCUGUAACGCGAUGCAGAUCGUCACUUUCGGCAGAGAUAUUCUCCAGGUUUACAGUCACGUUCGGAAUGAACACUGUCCUGACCCCAGGCUGAAAUCCUAUCUCGAAAGCGCGAAAGCUUGCUUCGAUGAUAUGAACAGCUCUGCCUCUCGGGUUCUGCCGUCGACCCGAGACCAACAGCAAAUAAUUGACAUUGGCAAAAAGCUGGAGGAAUCCAUGACCCAGCUCCAAUCCAAAUUCUCAGAGCUUCAUAUUGACGAUACAUCUCGACGUGGAUUCCGCGGGAAGAUAGAGAUGGGUAAAAAGAGUCUAGCCACGCUGUGGCAAGGAAAAGAACUGGAAAGUCUUGAGGUCAACCUCAAACGAUACGAAAGCCUUCUCCAUGGUGUCGUUCUGCACCGCAUAUGCAACCAGUCUCAGGCAGCAGAAAUCAGUUCACAACAGUCCUUCAGCGAACUUAACACCAACCUACAGUCAGUCAUUAAACAGUUGGCGGAUGGCCGCACAUGGAUGUCCGACCUUUCAAUUGAGUCACUGGAGACAAGAAACCUGAUUACCAAGGAGCAUGAAACAACACGUGCAGCUAUCAACACAGGAUUCACUACUUCGCAGGGCGCCCUUGGGAGGUUCCGCGAUUCAGUAUCUCGAGAAUUUCAGAAUAUGGCCAGACGCGACCAGAGCAAAAUCUUCGAGCAAGAACACAACCAAUUGCUCCAAAGCCUCCGGUUUCCUGACAUGAGGAGCCGUGAAAAUCACAUAUCUGAAAAUUACCCUGGAACCUUUGAUUGGGUCUUCGAGAACACCACUGAUUGUAGUCGAAGCCGUUCGCCCAAUUGGAAAGAAUCAGACGACGAUAGCUUUCAGCAAAGCGAAGAGAAUAUGGACGAUGAUGAGGAUCUGGAACACUCACCAGUGGGGGAAAUUACGACAAGAUCAUCGGAUCUUAAUUGUUUUCCGGCCUGGCUAGAGUCAGAUGCCCAGCAAUAUUGGAUUAGCGGUAAGCCUGCUUCUGGGAAAAGCUCGCUUAUGAAAUUCCUUGCGACCCAUUCCCUCACGUUGCAGCAUCUGAGAGCCCACCAUAGUAACAUCCAAAUCCUCACCCACUAUUUCUGGAAGCCAGGGCAGCCACUACAGAAGAGUAUCGAGGGAAUGACACGUUCUCUCCUACAUCAAGUGCUUCACAAGAACCGUCGUCUCGCCCAGCGCCUGUGGACCGAACAGUCGAACGUUCAAGAUAAGCGAGAUCGUGGAGAUUGGGAUAUGAAUGAGCUGAAGAAGGCUCUCUGCUGGGCCAUCCGAUUUUCAGGCAGUACUUUUUGCAUUUUCCUUGAUGGGCUAGACGAGGCUAAAGAAUUCGAGGACCUACCGUGGGGUGAUAAUCAGAACUCCCAGGUUAUCUACGACUUACUCAGCCUUAGCAAUAUCAAGCUGUGUGCAUCCAGCAGGGAAGAGAAUCCUUUUUGUCGGUUCUUUGAAGGCCAACCCUGUCUCAGAACCCAUCAGCUUAAUGAGUACGAUAUCUACCAUUAUGCGAAGAACAAGCUAGAAGUAUCUGGUCUAAGCUCCAGCGAUCGAUCUCGACUUUUAUCGAUAGUUGUAGCGAAAGCAGAUGGUGUGUUUCUUUGGGUGGUCUUGGCUGUCAAGAGUCUCAAUCAGGCAAUACGAUCAGGUGGUGCCAAUGAAUUUGAGGAGCGACUCGCACAGACACCAUCUGAUUUACACGACCUCUUGGUCGAUAUGUGGAAUCGUUUAGGAGAUGAUGCCAAGUUGUCAACUUACAAAAAUGAUGCUUCUCGGUCCUUCAGCUUAGCUCUUGCAGCAAAGAACAUCGAUGAGGAAAACUAUCGGUAUAGCGACCUUCCUCUUCAUUCGAUGAGCUCAUUGCUCGUCUUGGCUACAGCCCUGGAGGACAAACCAUUCACGUCGAUAUUGAGGGAAGGCCGAGAAAUACAGGCAAAAGAACUGCAAACUAGAUGUUCAAGGAUAGAAGAUCGAUUGCGUUUGGUUUGCCGAGGUCUCCUUGAAGUAAGGACGCUGGAUCAUGACUAUCAUGAAUGGGCUGGAAACAAAGUCCUUUUUGACUAUGCCUCAACAAGGGUUGAAUUCAUACACAGAUGUGCAUUCGACUUCAUUACCGACACACAGUUUGGGCGUGAACAUCUUGCAAUUUGUCACUGGUCAUCAAUUGAGCAAGCAGAAAGGUUACUUGCCGGUUAUCUAGUCAAAUCUCGGUUUCUAUGCAUCAAGAAAGAACGUUGGCCCCAGCUUUAA